GCCGCGUUUUCUUUCCUGAAAAGUAAACAUCACUGUUCACUGAUUAAUUCGAGCCUUUGAAUGCAAAUCGCACGUGUUUGUUUAUUACAGAAGUUAAAAUGUUUAAAUUUUCAUUUAACGAAACUGUUGAAUCCAGCGAGACGGACACUUCCGCCGAAACUCGUACCGCCGAAUACGAAAGCGAAGAAGUGAUCCUCAGCGAUGACCUAAAAGAAGGCAUCAUCCUCAAUCCGGACAAUUUGCAUGUAUUUGCGGCCAGUGAGGAAAUUCUGGUUGAAUAUAUAAAUUGUGUAUCCAUACCGAAGGAGGAACUGGGGCUGGAUAUCCUGUCGGCAGAAAUGGACCAUUCGGACUUGAUUGCAGGUCGCUACGAAGGAGGUCUCAAGGUGUGGGAGUGUACGUUCGAUCUUGGAGAGCUGAUGGUUGAGAAGGAACAGUAUAAGAAAUUGUUUCACGAAAGUACAGUUCUCGACUUGGGAUGCGGUUCUGGGAUACUCGGAAUUUUGGCAAUAAAACUGGGAGCAUCGAAAGUGGUAUUCCAAGAUUACAAUCGAGACGUUCUAGAGAAGGUCACAGUGAAAAAUUACUCCUGCAAUUGCCGGGGCAGCGAAACUGAAAGCGAUGAGAAAACCACAUCCGAUGCGGAAGUUAAAUUCUAUUCAGGCGAUUGGUCCAGCUUUAUGGAGAAGGUUGAGCAUCAAUACGAUGUGAUACUGACUUCGGAAACCAUAUAUAGCCCGGAUAAUUACGCAAAAUUGAUCAACUUGUUCAAAAACAAACUGAAACCUUGUGGAGUGGUAUUGCUGGCAGCGAAAACAUACUAUUUUGGCGUUGGAGGUAAUUUACGGUUAUUUGAGAAAGCACUGGAGGCGGAUGGCUAUUUUACAUCGCAAAAAAUUUGGGAUUGUGAGAGCGGUGUGAAGCGAGAAAUAUUGGAAAUAAAAAUGAAGUCUUCCACAUAGAAUCGUAUUUUUUAUUGGUGUAGAGUAAAACUUAUAGGCUAGGUAUCCAAC